AUGUGUUUGGAGUGGACGGUGCAUGACGAUGACGUGACAACGGAAAACGAUUGGAGUACAUCGGAAAAUAUGUCGAAAACUCUCAUAUACGGAGGGGCAAUUAUCAGCGCUGGACCGGCGGCGCUUAUUGCGUCGAUGCAGACAAAACUCAGAGAGGUGCUAACAAUCGGGACAUUGUUCACCCUCUGCGGGUCGAUUGUGCUCAUGACGUGUUCGACCGACGCAUUGUCCACACUGAUUACCGGACGAAUCUUACACGGCAUGGGUGCUGGGAUUGUGUGUGUUAUCGUGCCCAAUUACGCAGCAGAAAUCACCGAGCCGAAGUACAGAGACGUGUUAACUGGUUUGCAUCAUGUAUACUUGUUAAGCGGUAUGAUGUUGUCACGCUUUGCCGAUGAUUAUUGUACAUAUUCAUAUUUGAAUGUUGGAAUUGUAGGUAUGGCAAUUUUAAACUUGAUAGUAUUAUGCGUUAUCGAAGAUCCACCCUGUUUUCAAUUGAUAUUUUAUGAAAACUUACGAAAGAGCGAAUCAGAUUGUAAAUGUAUUGAUGUAUCGAACAAUAGUAGUCACAAGCUUUUAAGAUACCGUGACAUCGGCAAAAUAAUGGAACUGUCUUCGAUUUUUACGAAAAAACAAUAUUAUCGACCAUUGUUAAUUAACAUCUGUUUAAUAAGUAUCCAACAAUUUAGUGGUAACAUUUCAUUGAUGGAUAAAUUACAAUGUGCGUACGGAAAACAGCUACCGAUAAGUGGAAUGAUAUCAACUAUAACUGGUUUCCAACUCAUUUCAUCAAUUUGUUGUUUAUUAACUAUAUAUAUUUUGGGAAAGAAAAAUGUAUUGAUCAUCUCAGGACUUGGAAUGACAAUCACUUUAUCUUUGGUGAUUGCCACAUUAUAUUAUAUGAAAAGUUUCGAUGAGUUAUGGUUACCUAAUUUAAUCAUUAUGUAUAUUAUUUUUUAUUCGAUUGGAUAUGGUCCAAUUCCAUGGAUUUUAAUGCCACAAAUUUGCCCAAGAAAAUCGAAAUUGUGGACAUCUGGAGUCGCUGUAAGUCUAUACGCUUUUUUAAAUUUAAUUAUCAAUCAGCCAUUUAUCAACAAUAUAAGAUAUACGAUGUACAUGUUAAGUGGAAUAGACAUUUUUCUAUUCAUUUUAACUAUUGUAAGUGUUUUUGGUACAGUUUUUGCAUGCAUAUGCAUACCAAAAAUAAAAGAUCGUAUUUCAUCAUAA